AUGACAGUGUCGACAGGAAAAGUGUCCGCGGUAUCAGUACCGCUGCAGCCGCUUUCGAAGAGGGAGAUCCUCAAACAGCUCAAGAGGUUCUUCAUCAGCACCAACACCGCCUGGUCCGAUCGAAAGUGGGCCGAAGCCCGGUGGGGGGACUGGCAUUGGAGCUCCGCAAGUAAGGAGAUCUGGAGACGGAUCAGAGGGAGCAUUCGACCGAACGCUGCACCCGACAACGUCGAGGAUAUGCUGGACAGGAUCGAACGCCUACGGCGUGAUGGGCUCUUUUACGCGGCCCUUAUGAACUUGGUCACAGCCAGAGCUGAAUGGCUAUUCGUCAAGACUGGCAUGCGCCAUAUGGCCAACGGCUUCCGAAUGAAUACCGCAGAGGCCUAUUCUGUUGAGGAGGCCCUAUACCAUAUCCCGGUGACAUUCCUAGAUAAUUGGGGUCAACCUAAGGAUACUGCUCUCAAGUCUGGUCAACGCCGUAAAGGAGGAACUGCAGUCCGGAGCAACCCGCAGGAGGUCCUGUGCAUCCCUGAGCUCCACGUGAUACCAGAAUCGGACCGGGUCCUUCAACCGGAGGGAUGGUAUUUCGUGUCACAGCUGGCUGAGAUCGCCAUGGUCCGAUGGACAGAGCCGGGAGCUGAGAAGACUGCUGUCGAUGAGGCAGUUCUACGUCUGGUAUGGUCCCUGUGGCGCUUAUACUAUACGAACCCAAUUGGUGGUGAAUUCAACGACCAACACGACCUCAUCAUUUCCAAGAUAUUGGCAACGAUGGGCUUUGCAUGUUAUCGACUAGAGGAGUUUUCGCUCGCCCGUGAGUGUUUCAAGAAUGCUAAGAUACUGCGCAUAUCCCAUAACACUAAGCGACACCGUGAACCCCCAAUGAUCUGUCCCCAUGUGGCGGCUUGGGGACAUAAUGAAGCACUUGCCCUGGCCGCCUUGGGCAAAUUCAGGAAUGCAUACAAGUUAGCGUGGAGCGCUGCGGAAAUUAUGAAUGCAACUCGCGGUCCUCGGCACCCUGAGACGAUUCACUGCCAACUCACAGUAGAGAGGCUAACAAGACGUCCGGACGUUGCGAUGUCUUUGAGCACGGGGGUGGACGUGUCCCCCAAUGAGGCAGUGAGGGCUAUAAAGAAGGCAGAAAAGCGGCCCAAGCCUGUCAGAAUGAAUCGGUUUUUCGAAGUGAAGUGGGCUCGGAAUGCUCGCGCGGCUGGGGAGAUUCCGAGGGGUUCGUCGGACCAGCAAGAGAGUUAUAACGGCGGGUAUGUACAGUCGUUGGAUAAUGCACUCCCGCAAAACGGUAUCUUCUCGGAACCAUCGGUCUCCACUGCUGAUGCUGCUGCUGUUGCUGUUCAUCCUACCAGACACGACUCGAUGCUGGAUAACAUGGACGACUCCAGUUCUACUGGUGUGCCUCCUUCCCUCAUCGAGCCUGCCCUUCUCGAGCUUGUCAGCUACGAUGAAAGCUCCAGACCAAUGAUGUCUUCGGAGGAAGCGCAGGAGCUCCUGAGGCAGCUCGAAAAUGCUCAGCAGUCGGACAUGACCAUUACAGCAACUGGAGAGGACGAGUCGGUGUCUCCCUUUGAAUUGCCUCAUGCGAUUCGUGAGCCCCCAGUUCUCAAUCACUACUUAGACAUUACCACGGAAGCUGAGGAGGCUGCGACCUCGCAGGCGGCGGCUGCAGCCGCAGCAGCUGCAUUGGCGUCUAAGAGGGAGGAUACUUCCCAGGCCGAUCUGGCUCUGCUCAUGGAGACUGUUUUCAAGGUGGGUCAGGGAGUGGUUGCCAACAGCGAUUGA